GAGAGAGUAAAGGGUUUUACUACAUGGACCAAAACGGUGUAUUCGGGUGCGUCGGCGUUCAGGCAAGGGGAGGGAUCAUUUUUCGCUGCUGUUUUGGAGGGAAAUAGUGAGGGAAGAAGAAAGCAAAAUGACAGAGAUUCAUGACUCCGCUGCCCUGCUGCUCCGUCCACUGUAACACGAGCCUGUCAUUCACUCAUUGAGCUGCGAAGUGCACGCUGACUGAGAUAUCGCACCAAAGCAGGCGGUACUUUACGGGGAAGAGGCGCUUAAAUCUGGGCUCGGAAAGUUGGAAUUUAUUUAGCAAACCCGGAAUUAAUUAAAAAAAAAAAAACAAAAAAAAAAAAAACAGGAAUUCCUUUAACAAAAGUGGAAUUUAAUAAAAGCGCCAUUUGCUCGCACGCUGCUUUGCCUCUGGGACACGCCGAUCGCAGGCAGCUGACGAGCAUCUCCCAGAGCGGCAUCCGCACCGCGCGGCCACUUGGAAUGAGGAGCGCGACGCGCGCCCGUCCCGCGUGAAGCCAGUCGCGGGCCAUUCCCGCGGGCUCGCUCGCACGCUCCCUCGCUUGUUCGCGCGCCUGGCGGACGGAGGCGGGAAGGAGAGGACGAAGAACACGAGGGCGAAGAGAGACACGGGUCGGGAGAGGGCGAGAGGACGACAGAGGCGCCACCAUGGAAGCCGGCGACGGACGCCGCGAGCUGUCCAAAAAGGACGUUAUCGCCAAGAUCUUCAAAGUUCGCAAGCGGAGGGAGAUGCUUCUCGCGCAGGUGUGCGUCAUAUGCAGCGUCCUCUUCGUGGCGUGGUGCAUGUCGGCGCUGCUCACGAGGACAGGUCACGGACUGGUUAUGGAGGAAGGCGCUCAGAGGCACUUUGGCCGGAGGUUAAUGGCCACGGCGGGGGACAACGACACAGUCGAAGAGAAGAACUGCACAGAGCCAGCCAUUCACGAGUUUCCCGAAGACGUGUUCACCAACCGGCAGCGCAAGCAAGGGGCCGUUCUGCUGCAUAUUUUUGGGGCACUAUACAUGUUCCUAGCCCUUGCCAUCGUGUGUGACGACUUCUUUGUCACGUCUCUGGAGAAGAUCUGUGAGAAACUGCGCAUGAGCGAGGAUGUGGCAGGAGCGACCUUCAUGGCAGCUGGAAGCUCCGCUCCCGAGCUCUUUGCUUCCAUCAUAGGUGUCUUCAUCACCCACGGAGACGUGGGGGUUGGAACAAUCGUGGGCUCAGCGGUCUUCAACAUCCUGUGCAUCAUCGGUGUGUGCGGGAUCUUCGCUGGGCAGGUGGUGUACCUCACCAGGUGGGCUGUAUUUCGUGACUCCAUCUACUACACUGUGUCAGUUGUGGCCCUGAUUGCGUUCAUAUACGAUGAAAAGAUAGUGUGGUGGGAGAGCCUGGUGCUGGUGGUGCUCUAUGCCGGAUACAUCCUGAUCAUGAAAUUUAACACAAGCAUGCAGGAUUACUUCACAGGGAAAGAGGACAAGAACAUUGCCAACGGUAACACAGUGAGCAACGAGCUGGAGGACGGUAAUGCCUGUUAUGACACUAUCUGGGAUGACCCAUCAUUGCCAUUGCUGUGUCCAGUGAAGCCCAGUAAGAAUUACAGCCGAGGCUCUGUGGUGAUGGUGGACGAAAUCAUGAACUCCAGCCCCCCAAACUAUCGCUUCCCGGAGGCUGGUCUCCGGGUCAUGAUCACCAACCAUUUUGGACCAAAGACUCGCCUCCGUAUGGCCAGCCGGCUCAUCAUCAAUGAGAGGAUAGUCCAGGCUUCGAACGGUGUGGACGCUGCCGUCGUGGAUGGAAAAGUCGACAUGGAGAACGGAACAGUACUGGAGGACAAACAGCCAGAGGAGGCAGCAGCCGAACUGUCCUCCCCAUUUGUCGUGCCAGGGGGCGCCGUGGACAGGAUGAAGUGGUUGAUCUCCUGGCCAGUGUUGGCACUUCUCUAUUUCACUGUGCCAAACUGUGCGAGACCACGCUGGGAGAAGUUCUUCAUGCUGUCCUUCUUCCUCUCCACCCUUUGGAUUGCCAUCUUCUCCUACUACAUGGUGUGGAUGGUGACGAUCAUCGGCUACACUCUGGGAAUCCCGGACGUGAUUAUGGGCAUCACAUUCCUGGCAGCUGGGACCAGCGUCCCCGACUGCAUUGCCAGCCUUAUUGUUGCUCGGCAAGGUCUUGGGGACAUGGCAGUGUCUAACACGAUUGGCAGUAAUGUCUUCGACAUCCUUGUGGGACUGGGUGUUCCCUGGGCCAUACAGACUAUAGCUGUCAGCUACGGCUCGGAGGUCCAGAUCAACAGUCGAGGACUGGUAUAUUCAGUAGUGCUGCUUCUGGGAUCUGUGGCUCUCACUGUUCUGGGGAUCCACUUGAACAAAUGGAAGCUGGACUUAAAGCUGGGUGUGUACGUGCUGGUGAUGUAUGCCAUCUUCCUCUGCUUCUCCAUCAUGAUCGAGUACAACGUCUUCACGUUUGUCAACUUGCCCAUGUGCCAGGAAGAUCUGUAGACCAUGCAAAACCUUGAAGUUUACCUAACCGGACCCCCCAACACUAUGGACUCUUAAUCCUCUUCCAGUCUGUGUUUCUGGACUCUCUUAAUCGAAAACAUGUUUGGGAUAUGAGUUAGGGCCUACCCCUCGCUCAGACGGGGCGAGGAUCUCACCGUCUCCUCUAGCUGAAGGUCUCGCAUCUCGGGGAUUGAUCUUUACAGCAGCUUUCCUUCAGUCCUGCAGGUAUCAAACAAAGCAGAAUAAUGUCCACCCAGGCUGGUCCUGGCAUUGCGUCCUUGGCCGCUUUGGCACAGGACACACUGCCCUUUAUCCAGCUUCUGAAGCACUUCUUCACAGGUCAAUUGCUCAGAAUGAUUGUAUCUCAGUCAAACUUUAUCGGUCAGAUACGCAAGUGGAAGGCGCAGACCUUACAAGAGCACGACACAACGAAACUCAUUUUUACCCCUCAAGUAAUCAUAUAUUCGUACUGUUUCUUAUUUCUUUUAAACUCUUAAGAGAAGAAAACCAAACAUGUGUAAAGAACAUGUUGCACUUUAGGAAAAUCUUGUUGAAAAAUCAACCAGGAUGUAACGAACAGUCGUUUGGGAAGAUUUCUGGAUCUUUCCCAGAGUGGUGCAAUAAGGAGAUGCGAGAGAACUUGUGAGGGUAGCUCUGCUGGGCCAUGCCGACAGGAGACUCAACCCAGGUUCUUUCUGCAGGCUCUCAAGUGGUA